GUGUUGCAAGCCAAAGCUUCGCAACUGGCUUUGAAGUUAGCCAUUCACCCCCAAAAAAUCUGAGCUCGCCGCAAACGCCGUUCAGUUCCUCAACAUCAGUUUUUAACCGACUUUCGAGCUAAGUCCACGCGUUACGGCCAUCCGCCUAUUGGCUCCAAUUUCCCACAGCGAAGCGGCGCGUAUACAUACAUACACAAACAAGAAACCACCAGGUGUUGAAUUAUGUGUUAGAGCAAAACAAAUAAGGAAGUACGGAACAGUAUUCUCGUAAACAUUUUGGUCGGACUGAAACAAAUUUCAAAAUCAAUAUAAGACACCCACCUCCCCCGCGAGUGUCUAAGUGAGUGAGAGAGAGAAAGAGAUACGCCCGCAUCUCAACGCGCAGCAUCCGUAAGAGAAAAUUGCAGCAAAAAAGCCGGAUUAGUGCAUCCAUAGGCGACCACUGGAAACUGGAACGUGCAAUCCGUAUAGCCGUGAGAUAUAUUUCCAAGCCCAAUUUAAAUCCGUCAGAGGUUGUUGUUUCGUUGUUGCGGGACUGUGUACACACACUCGCACACACUAAGUAGACCAAAAAAAAAGCAAAGAGAAACUAACUAAGAGAACAAUCGAGGGCCAGCAUAAUGGUGGAGUUCCGCUUCGAUAUCAAGCCGCUGUUUCCGCAGCCAAUUAUCAAGGUGACAUCGAACCUCCUGCCGCACACCUUCCGCGGCGAUCGGCGUCAGUGUUUGGAUGCCACCUCCAAGAUGUCGGAGAUCAUCGACCGGCUGGGCCAACUGUCGGCGAUCUCGCAAGGACUCAACAAGCCGGUGACCACGGCCCAGCGCCUGAGGAUGUCCGAUAACCAGACCAUCUAUCUGCUGGCGGAUAGUGAGGCGGGACACAACGGUGCCGUCACGGGACUUCUUAAGGUGGGCACAAAGGAUCUCUAUUUGUUCGACGAAACCGGACAGACGCGCAAGGUGGAGCAGGCUCCGUCUAUUUUGGACUUUUACGUCCACGAGUCCCGUCAACGUGCCGGCCUGGGAAAGCGUCUCUUCCAGACGAUGCUAAGCGAGGAGCAGUGGACGCCACUCAAGUGCUCCGUGGACAGGCCGUCGGAAAAGCUGCUGGCCUUCCUAAGCAAGCAUUACGGAUUGAAGCGAAUCAUUCCGCAGGCGAACAAUUUCGUACUCUACGAGGGAUUCUUUGACGAUGCGGCUUCGGCGAACGGACAUGGUAACGCCCACGGCCACGCCCAGUCGCCGCAGCGCAACCAGAACGGCCUGCACAUCACAAACAGUCCUAACACACAGCUCUUUGGUGCUACUUACCUGGGCGAGGAUUCUAAUCGGCGGCGUGGCUCCCAGCAGCAGACAACACCAAAUGUGCUGCUCCAGCAGAUAACACAGAUCUCUCCGUCCGGACGAUAUGGGGCACCUCGUCCCACCUGCAGCAUGGCCGAGAUAAUUCAUGCUGGCACCUCGAAGGGUGGAAAAGGCAACGGCAGUGCGGAAUCGAACAGCGGCAAUGGCAAUCCAGAUCUUGUCGAAAUUGCAGAGCAACUGCAGCGGCAGAGUUUGGCCGACUUGGAAGUGAACCACUUUGAGCCGGAACCGGAAGUUGAACCAGAGCCUGAACCGGAACCGGAACCUGAGCCGGAGGUGAUUACCCCACCAUCACCGCCGCCAAAGAGUCACACUCCGACUCCUCCGACCGUGCGAUCGCCCGAGGUGGCCGAGAGCAUCGUUGGCGACAACCGGAGACCACCGGCUUUCCAGCUGAGCAAGCAGCACACGGGCAUGAAGAAUCGCUCGUUCGGCGUCGGAAUGGCCGUGAUGCCCAGCAGCAAGAUGGAGUUCGAUCAGAUGGAGCGAGAGGACUUCGGCGUGGUCAAGAUCAACCGUCCACCCGGCCACGAAGUAACCUCACCGGGCCAGGACAACACGGAUGCCAUGUCCACCGUUUCCUCCGGCGGCGGUGGUGGCGGCCUCACCGAUCAGGGCUACUACGAUCUAAAGUUCUAUCACAAUAAGUUGUGGUAAAAGCCACAAGGCGAAGAAAAAACCACGCAAUAUUUGCUAGCAUCUUUUUGUACGUGUGGCAUAAGCAUAAUUAACAAAAUUAAUCUAGACAGUAAGAAUCUAUUACCUAAUCGAAAUAAUACACCAAACGGUUCCUGUACUUCAGUUCGUUGAUUUUGUUGUGAGCUUCUUCUCAGACUUUUGUUGAUUCGUUCAUUUGUUACAAGCCACGCACUCCAAAGAGCAUCUGUAAACCUAGAUCCUCACGAUUUAAUGUUAACAAUAGCAAAUUGAAAUGUAGAUCUAAAACUGUCGGUAUUGAGCUAGAUAAUUUUCAAACAUAAUUUGUCUUGCUUUAUCAACGACUUUGCUUUGUACCGUGUAAUCGCAAAACCUCUUAAUGUUAUUCAACCCGUGUGUAUCUUCCAAUUACAGAAAACGCGAAUAUUUCGAACAAAUCUAUGACGAGUACAUGCUAUAGGGAGAGCGCCAGUUGGCCAGAGCCCAUCUUCAUAACGAUACUCAAAAUUUUCUCAAAAACGGUCUAACAUUUAGUUUAUAGAACACACAACCCCCAAAUGCAAAUAGAUUAAAGACGAAGAUAUACAAAUAAAGCACAAAUUUUGUCGACUCUA